UACACACCCAUGUUCAAUAAUUACAUGCAGGCCCUUGUUACCUGCAGCUAAAUACCUGCAGCCAAUGCUACCAAUAUGCCGUCGAUAUGUCAGGCUCCGCUCCACGCAUCGCACAAAAGCCUGCGGGAAUUUCCUGUACUCAGGACCUCUCUUGCUUCUUCCACCUACCUGUCUUCCUCCACUCUACCUCUCACACACUGAAUCUAACCAGACGCAAUGGUUCGUUUCACACCCACCGUCGCCGUUCUCACGGCUCUGGUUGGAGCGACGCUUGCUUCGUGCUACUCCAACACAGGCCUCCUCCAGAUGGUCACCUACGUCAAGCGCCGUCCUGACCUCACUCGCGACGAGUUCUGGCAGUACUGGGAGACUCAGCACGCGCCCAAGGUGGUGCCAUUGGCUACCCACUUCAACAUCACGCGCUACCAACAGGUCCAGGUUGGAGGCAAGAUCCCCCCCACUGCAGCUGGAGCCUCUGAGCCCGACUCCAGCGAGCUCGUCGACUUCGACGGCAUUGCCAUGUUCUUGUACGCAUCGUCCGAUGUCCUGACCGCAAUGCUCUCACACCCUUACUACCUCGAGGUUGUCGAGCCUGAUGAGCACGUCUUUAUCGACAAGGAGGCUUUCGGCGGCGGUAUGGUUGCAACAUAUAUCGGCAAGAACAUUGAGGCUGUGGAUCGGGCCAAGGAUGUCUGGGUUGGCGACAAGGCCACGAGGAAGAAGUACCAGAAGCUAUUCAAAUCUUACCUGUGAGCAAGAGAUGCUCUGGUAUACAGUAAUACAUAAUGCUGCGCCUAGACAGAAUGUCCCUGAUUUUGCUCUUAUUAUAAAACGCAGUUCGGCUAUUUAGCUCACUUAUUGCUGGAAGGAGAGCCGU